AUGCCCGUUGUGCCAUGUGAGCAACGGAGGCUAACAGAGGGCGCCGAGGGACAGGUCGUCUGGGGCUCUGGCAAGUUCACGCUCGACCCCGGAUUCCAGUCUGGCAUGAAGCAAGUCACGUGGCUCUCCGGUACGGACAGUAGCAACGUCGCUUUCACCUGGGACUUCAUUAGCAUGGAAGGCCCGACGGAGGCAGUGGAGCCAACCCAGAGGCCGCGAAGUAAAGGCAAGGGCAAAGGCAAAGGAAAGGGCAAGGACACAGAAGCUGGCAAAGGUGAAGGACGAGGUCAGGGCUUCGCCGCUUUUGUCGCUGCUUUCAAAGGCAGGGGGAAAGGCAAGGGGAAAUCCACGGACGAUGGCUUCAGUACAGGUAAAGGGAAGGGAAAAGCCUGGAAGGGUAAGAUGGAGGAGGGCGAGACAGGAAAGGGAGCCUGGAAAGGAAAGGGAAAGGGCAAAGCCCUAGGCCAGCGCCAGGGAGUUGUCCAGGAGGUGCCCAUCGGGGAGAGGCACGUGGAUGUUGCGGAUGGGGUGGCCCGGUCCUUCCAGGAAAUGCUGCAGUAUUACGCAGACCGAAGUACGAAAAUGGAGAUUUUGAGGCACUUCCAGAAGUGCCCACCUGAAGAACCGCGAGCUUGGAAAGGCAAAGCCAAGGGCGUCGCCAAGGGCGCGGCCAAGGGUGCAGCUAAGGGUGCUGCCAAGGGCGCUGCCAAAGGUGCUGAAAUCGGUCGUGCCAUUGGUGGCGAAAAAGGUGCCGCCAAGGGUGCGGCCAAGGGCGCGGCCAAGGGCGCCGCCAAGGGCGCUGCCAAGGGGGCUGCAAAAGGUGCCGCCAAGGGUGCCGCCAAGGGUGCCGCCAAGGGUGCCAAGGUGAUAGAUGAGGAGGAUCUGCAGCCACCUCCAGGUAUUGGGCCCCUGAAGGGCUCUUGGCAGGUGUGA